CGACUGGGCUCUGGGGUCUGUGGAAAAUGAUAGCCAAAUAGACAUUGUUCUGGCUCUUUUGAACAACGGUGUGUACGGUCUUUUUGUCACCUCUGCUGUUGCUGAGCAGAUUAGAAGCCGUAUUCCCAACGCCAGACUGGUCAUCAAGGAUGGAAAAGAUGCUGCCGAGAAUAUCUGUGUUUUUGGGGAGACUGAAGUGAAAAUUGGAAAAAGAAGAGUCUUUGGUUAUUUUGAACAACCACUCCGGCAGAUCGCCAAGGGCUUCACUGCUGUUAUUGAGCUCGAUCAGCUGACUAAGGAGUACGAAAACGCGGGCACCAAAACGCCGUUUGUGGAGUGCUAUCUCGCUGCCAUGAACACCGACAGACCAGACGGCUUAUACACAACUCUUGUCACUGACAGCAGGAACCAGGCUCUUGGUUUGGUGUACUCGUCCAAGAAGUCCAUUGCUGAGGCAAUAAGGACCGGCACGGGUGUCUACCAGUCCAGAAAGCACGGCUUGUGGUACAAAGGCCAGACAUCGGGAGCCACGCAAAAAUUGCUCCAACUGGAGCUAGACUGCGAUAGCGAUUGUUUGAAAUUUGUUGUGGAACAGGCCGGUGCUGGUUUCUGCCACCUCGACACUGCCUCCUGUUUUGGCUCGUCCAAGGGUCUGGCAGCUCUGGAAGCCACUCUUUGGGACCGCAAGGCGAAUGCUCCUGAAGGCUCCUACACGAAGAGACUGUUUGAGGAUGAGAAGCUGCUCGGUGCCAAGAUUAGGGAAGAAGCCGACGAGCUGGUGGAAGCCACCUCGAAAGACGAGAUUGCGUGGGAAGCUGCCGAUUUGGUCUACUUUGCGCUUGCCAGAUGUGUGAAGUACGGCGUUUCGCUUGCAGACGUUGAGCGGAAUUUGGACAUCAAGGCCCUGAAGGUGACGAGACGUAAGGGCGACGCAAAGGCGAAGUAUGUUGAGCAGGACGCUACGGAAAAAAAGCUAGAGGAACCAACGGUGCCAACGGUGCCAAAAUUGCCAAAGCAGCUUGUGAACGGAGAUGGCCGCAUCGUGAUGAACCGUGUGGAUGCCACCACUGCCUCCAAAGAAGAUAUCGAAAAAUGUCUUCAAAGACCAAUCCAAAAGUCUGCGGAUAUCAUGAACCUGGUUACGCCGAUCGUCGAGAAAGUGAGAACAAAAGGAGACGCUGCGUUGGUGGAGCUCACAGCCAAGUUCGACAAGGUGCAGCUUAGCUCUCCUGUAUUGAACGCUCCAUUCCCAGCAGAAAUGAUGAACAUCAGCGAAGACGUGCGCAAGGCCAUUGACAUCUCGUUUGCCAAUAUCAAGACCUUCCACGAAGCGCAGAACCAGAAAGAGACUCUACGCGUGGAAACGUGUCCCGGCGUUGUGUGCUCUCGAUUUGCACGUCCGAUCGAGCGUGUUGGCUGUUACAUCCCCGGCGGAACUGCCGUGCUGCCGUCCACGUCCCUUAUGCUCUCUGUGCCUGCUCUCGUUGCCGGUUGCAAAGAUAUUGUGUUUGCGUCUCCUCCCGGCAAGGACGGCCGUCUGACGCCAGAGGUGGUCUAUGUGGCGCACAAGGUGGGUGCCAAGUGCAUUGUGCUUGCCGGAGGGGCCCAGGCGGUGGCCGCAAUGGCGUACGGUACCGAGUCUGUGCCUAAAUGUGACAAGAUCAUGGGCCCCGGAAACCAGUUUGUGACGGCAGCCAAGAUGCUCGUUUCCAAUGAUUCCAACGCCAUGUGUGCCAUUGAUAUGCCUGCCGGGCCAUCCGAGGUUCUGGUUGUCGCGGACAAGUACGCCGACCCAGACUUUGUGGCCUCGGACCUGCUGUCGCAGGCAGAACACGGCGUUGACUCGCAAGUGAUAUUGAUCGCCGUGGACAUGACGUCUGCCGAGAUCGACAAGAUCGACGAGGCCGUCCAUCGCCAGGCGCUGCAGCUGCCACGUGUGGAGAUCGUGCGCCAGUGCAUUGCUCACUCCACCACGAUCAUUGUGAAGAGCUACGAUGAGGCGUUCGAGAUGAGCAACAGAUACGCUCCGGAGCACCUUAUCCUGCAGAUCCAGGACGCCGAGAAAUGGGUCGACAAGGUCGACAAUGCUGGCUCUGUGUUUGUGGGUGCCUAUUCGCCGGAAAGCUGCGGUGACUACUCCUCGGGAACCAACCACACGCUGCCUACGUACGGCUACGCCAGAAUGUACUCGGGUGUUAACACCACCACGUUCCAGAAAUUCAUUACAUCGCAGGUGGUCACCAAGGAGGGUCUCAAGAGCAUUGGCAAGGCCGUGAUGGACCUGGCUGCCGUCGAGGGUCUCGACGCGCACCGCAACGCCGUCAAGAUUAGAAUGGAAAAACUUGGCUACAUAUAGCGUGACAAUUAUCACUGAUUAAAUAAAGCCACGACCAAAUAAAUAAUAAGUGCA